CGAUGCUGUCCAAUCAGGCGCCGCUAAAGCGAGACACCGCCAAGAUCAGAUUGUGAGACGCGCUGCUGUAGCAAGGCUAACAGAGAGUGGAUAGAAAAGGCUAACAAACAUUUUGCUAACUUGUGAGGUGCACCGGGGUCUGGACUAGUGACGAAUAGGAGAAAAUAUUCUUUUUAGCCUGAAGCUCGACUCCUUCGGUCCUUUGGGAUCAUGGCUAAAGAUGCUGGUCUGCUUGAAACAAAUGGAGAGCUGAAGGUUUUCAUCGAUCAGAAUAUGAGCCCCAGCAAAGGUGUCCUAUCUUUAGUUACUGUCCAUCCUACAGCUGCCCCUGUGGCCAAACAGCUACUACCCAAAACUCUUGGGCCAUCCAAUGUGAACAUUGCUGCACCAAUGCAAAAUGUGUCCCACAUGGUGAUUGGAACACCUCAGAGACCGACAGUAUCCAAUACCAUUUUGGUAAACAGUCCACAUACACCAAGUUCCCAGUUUCUCACUCAGAGUCAACCGUCCGAUGCCUCUCCGUGGUCAUCAGGAAAACGUGGGAAAAAAGGGGAAAAAAACGGGAAGGGCUUGAGGCAUUUCUCCAUGAAAGUGUGUGAGAAGGUGCAGAAGAAAGGAGUAACUACCUACAAUGAAGUGGCAGAUGAACUGGUUGCAGAAUUUAGCUCUUCAGACAACCACAUGUCACCCAAUGACUCGCAUGUGUAUGACCAGAAGAACAUUCGGCGGCGCGUGUACGAUGCACUUAAUGUGCUCAUGGCCAUGAACAUUAUCUCUAAGGAGAAAAAAGAAAUCAAAUGGAUUGGCCUUCCCACCAACUCAGCGCAAGAGUGCCAAAACCUAGAGGUGGAGAGACAAAGGCGGUUGGAGAGAAUUAAGCAGAAACAAUCACAGCUUCAGGAGCUCAUACUGCAGCAAAUAGCUUUUAAGAACCUGGUUCAGCGGAACAGACAGACAGAGCAGCAGGCAAACAGACCUCCACCUCCCAACUCCAUUAUCCACCUUCCCUUCAUUAUUGUCAACACCAGCAAGAAAACAGUCAUUGACUGCAGCAUCUCUAAUGACAAGUUCGAGUAUUUGUUCAAUUUUGACAGCAUGUUUGAGAUCCACGAUGACAUAGAGGUGCUGAAGCGUAUGGGCAUGGCCUGUGGUUUGGAGGUGGGAAAGUGUUCUCCAGAGGAUCUGAAGGUCGCACGUAGCUUGGUGCCCAAAGCUCUGGAGCCCUACGUUAUAGAGAUGGCAAAAGGUCCCAUCAGUAACGUCUACAUCACUGGAGGGUCCUCUGCCAAUGGAGCCCGUUACCCUGCAAGCAGUGAUGGCUGCGCUGAUGGCACUAUGGCCUCCAGCUCAAAUGACUCUCACUACAGUGGGUCUCGUGUGGAGACUCCAGUGUCUUAUAUGGGGGAUGAAGAUGACGAGGACGAGUAUGAUGAAAAUGAUGAUGAAGACUAACCUGUCUACGCCUCACCACUCCAACAAGCACAGUCCUUCAAACCUCCUUCACCUUGGGAAUUUAGUCCCCCUUUUUUGUGUGUGCUUCUUCAACCUUUCCCCCCUGUUUCCCAUGCCUGUAUUUCUGUCUGGCUUUCUCAGGGGUGUAGAUGAAUAUUGAAAAGAACAGAAGGUGUAUGUUGCACCCAUCUUUUUCUGCUCCUGAAUCACAUGCACAUGCACCACAGCUCUGGGGGAGGUGUCAUCCAAGGGAACUGUAGUCUGGCCUGGCCACCACGCUGAAGUCUCUGUAUGUCUCUUCCACUUCUCAAUAAGCCAUCCCAUAAAAACACCCUGUAAAACUUACUGCUGUUGGAGAAUGUAUAUUGUACUUGUUUAAAUAGUUAAUCCUAUUACUUUGCAAUUACAUGUGGCAAACAUGAUGAUGAUCAAAAUGUUCCAAGAUGGCCAAAGUGUCUGCGUCAACAUGCUGUGUUAGUGCAACCCCAUGGAUUCUGAAUGGCCAAAUACAAUAGCCAUGUCAUCCCAGGAUGGGGCUCCAUCAGAUGUGUUGAUACUUUUUGUUUUGUGUUCUGGGCACUCAUUUGAAAUAGGUUCUUAUCCCCCAUUGUGUUGGGCUGGCUUCCUUCUGUUCUGUAGGCAGCUGCUUUAUUGAUCUUGUUUGCUAGUUGUUUGUUUUUUUGUGUGUGUGCGUGUUUGUUUUUUUUUUUUUUUUUUUUUGUAUUCUGGAGUUGAGGAAUUCUUGAUCACCGCCCUGUUAACGCCUUGGUAGUGUUUACAAAAUAAUGGCACCAGCAAGGUAAAGACUUUAUAACCCGGGCUCCUGAUAGGUAAAUAAGCUUUGUUUGUGAAUUACGUAUAUGAAUCCUACAACGAUUGUAGCUUAUAGAAUCCUUUAGAGGCCAGUGAUUAAAGAUAGACCUUCAAAAAUUAUUGAUGUAACAAAAUGUGUGGUUGCAUAGGUCUUUAUGUAUUCCCUUCAAAGAUCUCCCUUUUAAAACUUAGCAACACAUGUACUGACUCUUCCAAAUACAUUUUCUGUAAUCUAAUAUAAGUUUGCAAAUUAAAUAUAGAUUGUUUUAAUAA